CAAAUCGUGUUCCUUCGCGCGGGUGUUCGGUGUUCGCAGCGACCUCUGUGUCGAGUAUCCAUAUAGUGCCAGUGCCAUUAUGAAUAGUGAAUACUUAUCACAGUUAACUGACGACCAGAAUAACUCCUGCGACAGUGACUACGAGUUCGUAAGUCGCAAUUCUUCACGCGAAAAUAGUGAUUGUGAAUUAGAAGGAUAUAGGAAAAUCAAAAGCAAGUCCAUAUCAAAUGUGUGUGCAUCUUCUGCGUCAUCGUCGUCGUCGUCGGUGCGAAGGCUUAGCAAACAUUUUGAUAUAAAUCAUGACGAAAAAUUAAAGCUCUGUCUUUCGCCAGAGAAAAUUUCCCUUUUAACCAAUUCGCCUAAACGAAUAAGCUCUCCGCGUGAGCUGUAUAUCGAAAGUCAAGAGCAAAAGGCCAACAAUAAGAGUCGUACAGUGGCGACAACGACGGCGGCGGCUGCGGUGCCGUCGUUCACAAUAGUGCCAAUAAAUUUGGGUUCGGGCAAAGAGGAUCGUCAAGUAAAGAAUGAGUCUCAGGUCAAUUUGCCGGAAAUAGUUUUGACAUCCUUUGAGGUGGCUAAGAACUCUUCUGCUAGCCGCAGUAACUCCUUUCGGGCUAAAACAAAUAAAAUUGCAACUUGUUCGUCCUCAGUCUUUUCAAAUGGAUGUAUUCCAAAAUUUAUCAGGGGUUCAACAGCGGUUAAUCCCAAAACUGCAAUAGUUUAUCAACAUCAGCAGGGUGACCAGUCAUCUUCUCCCGAAUCCACUCAGAUAAGUGGUGAUUCAUCACUUUCUAAUCGCAGCAGUGAAAAUUCCAAUACUAUGGAGAAACAACCCAAUUCUGUGCUAGAAAUUGCAACAUUGAUGCAACAACCUCAUCAAGACCAGUCGAAGAGCAAUAAUAUCGAUUAUGGCCUGCAACCAAGCACGGCGACGGCAGCGGGGGCGGUGGUGGCGGCUUCAACAGAAGUAGCAGUGAAAAAUGAUCCAAUUCCGGAAGAUCUUCAAUGUGGAAUUUGCCAUGAAGCCUAUAAGGAUCCAAGGACACUGUUUUGUUUGCAUUCGUUUUGUUUUCAAUGCUUAGUCGAUGAAAAUUUCAAACAGGAUUCUAGUAUUCCAUUUUGGUCACAACCGAAUCAGAAGGAUUACGAUUGGAAAUCAUCUACCAAAUCCAGUUAUAGCAUCAAAUCCAUAUCGGUAGAGUCAUCUCCAGAAAUGUCAUAUCGCAAUGGAUCUGCAGGCUCAACCCGCCCCGAAAGUCGAUCAUCAUUUACAAGUUUUCGCAGUAAAAAGUCAGCUGAAAAAAAUAAAAAUAAAGUUAAUAAGAAAGCUGAUGUACCAUCACAGACCCAAAUUGAAAGAUCUCGCAUAAUAAUCUGUAAGGAAUGUCAACAAUCGACAGAAGUGCCAAUCGGGGGUAUUCGUCAAUUACCACAAAAUUUUGUACUCGUUCGAAAAAUUGAAGCAUUUAAAUUAAAAAUUGGAAAUGAUGUUAUAUCAAAAAUUUGGUGUAGUUUAUGUUAUGUGGAAACAAGCGCAACCUUUCACUGUAUAACGUGUACUAUAAAUCUUUGUACAUUUUGUAAGGAAUCUCAUGAACGACAAAGACACACUGCAAGUCAUAGGAUAAAAAACAUUCUUGAACUUCGCAAGAGUCGAAAUCUCAAGAAAGCGUUCCUAAAUGAUCCUAAUUUCUCAAUAAAAUGUUCCAUGCAUCCUGGAUUUGAAAUGAAAGCUUUUUGUAGUUCCUGCCGGCAGGUUGCAUGUUCAGAUUGUUUGGUUUUAUUGCAUAAAGGUCACAAGCAUGAAUCCAUAACGAAAGCAUUUGCAAGCUAUAGCAAAGCCAUUAAGGAAUCAACAGAUCAAGCCCGACCGCUUUGUGACUAUGCUCAUCACUCGAUUAGUCGUCUUAACGAGAUUGCUAGAAGUAUUAACAAAAAAUGUGACACUACACAAGCUGACGUUGACACUUUUAUGGCCGCCUACACUGAAGCUAUAGAACUUCAUGGAAAAACAUUAAUUCAACAAAUUGCACGAGCUAGAGAAUCAAAAGUUCAAAUGAUUGUCGAACAGCAGUUGGAUAUGGAAAAAAGAUCAACUGAAGCAAUGAGUGCAAUAAGAUUCAGUGAAGAUCUGUUCGAGAGCGGAAAUGAAGUUGAAAUUUUGUCAUUUGUAAAUAUUCUACUAGGACGGUUUGAAUUUUGUCAAAAAUUUAAGACACCAAUUGAUCCUAGGAUUUCAGAUACACUUCACUUUUUACCUGAAGUUCGAGCUCCUGUUUCCAAAAGUAGUAGAAAUAUUCCUAUAUUCGGUAUAAUUACAACUCAGACAGUAGAACCAUCGUUGUGUACAUUGGAAACCGAAGGCUACUCUCAACUACGGGUACAUCGUAAAGUUGAAAUGGUUAUUCUUAGUAGAGAUGCGGAUGGAAUGCCAUUAUGCCAUGGGGGUUUAAAAAUUGGCGUUCAACUUAAGUAUAAGGAACUUUCAUCGAAAUAUUUACCAGUUGAGGUGAACGAUCGUCGAGAUGGCAGUUACGGCAUUAAUUUUGUUCCAAUUGCCCAAGGAACUAUGGUUUUAACAAUUACUAUAAAUGAUAAAAAUAUCAAGGGAAGCCCAUUUACAUUUGCGGCAAGAACUGUACGACCUCAUACAGGAAUUUAUCAUUGUUGUACAUUUUGUUCGAGUAAAGGUUCUAAGCAAGUAACAUGUUCUUGUGAUGGACGUAUGCCAGGCUAUAAUGGUUGUGGACAUGGACAUAAUGGACAUCCAGGUAGAAGACAUUGGUCGUGUUGUGGUAAUAUUUUGGAAAACUCAGAAUGUACAGCAGCAAAUAAAUUAUUAAAUCCUUAA